AUGUUAGGUACAGUUAAUCACGAUAUAUCUGUUAUAUCAAGUGCAUAUGAAGAAUUUGUAAAAUCUGGUACAAAUAACAUAGGCUCAUCUCUUUACAAAGAAAAUAUUUCUUCAGAUUCCAAACGAUAUGUUUGGUUAGAUCCAAAAUCUCAAGAGCUACGAUGGAUAAACAAAAAAUCCAGCUCAAAAUCCAAAUAUAAUAGGAUUUCUAUAAAUCAUAUACACCAAAUAAUAGAUCUCCAAGAAGAUCAGAACUAUGGAUUCCAACUGGAGACAAAUAAGCAUAGCGUUUCAUUUUGGGCACAAUCUAAAGAAGACAGAGACAUAUGGACUCAAAUUAUUAAUGAUGUAAUUGCAGGCUCAACUGGACAAAAAAACUGUCAUAAAAAUAUAUCCUUAAAUAAAUCUGAUGUUUUACAGAAAUUCGGGGGAAAAUCUCCAAUGAGCUCUGAAGAAAUCCUUGAAAAUUUAGCGCAUUUGUUAGGAAUUUAUUCUUAUAAUGAGUUAUAUCAAAAAAUAAAAAGUCUGUUAGAUCAAGAUGAGCUCAUGAUCUCUGCUCUACACGGUCAAAAAUCUGAAAAAAAUGAAUCUCCUGAGGUUGCUUCAUUAAUAAAUCAGAUUGAAAUGCUACAAGAAAAAGCUGUUGAACUCGAAGCAAAAAAGCAAAAAUUUGACACACAAACUUAUACAAUUCAAAAUCUCCAAGAUCUGUUACAAUAUGAAAGAAAAGAAAUUCAAGAAAAAACAAAUAAAUUAGAAGAAGAGGCUUGAAAAAGAGAUCAAGCUAUUGCUGAUAGCGCAUCUUAUAAAUCAGAACGUGAUUUUGUUGAACUUAGAAACUAUCAAAUAGAAGUUUUGUUAGAAAUGUUAAAAGAGACGAACCAGCGUAAUAUUGAGCUUUUGCAAGGAGUUCAAUGCAAAGUUAAAUUUCACAAGGAAUACGAAGAUAGAACUAUUUUCGUAUCAGAAAAUUUUGAAAAAUUAAUUUUCAGGCCUUCUUCUGGGUUUUCUACUCUCAGAGAAGUCGUUUAUUUUAGCGAAAUUCUAAAUAUUUCAGUUCCUCAGAAGCCAGAUCUCCAUUUAUACGUCACAAUGCAAUUGAAUUGUAUAGGAUCGAGAACAAGUAUUUCAGUUCCCCAGGAAAAUGCCAGAGUUCUUGGAAUCAUUUCUAAUUUAUAUAAUGAGUCCAAAAGUGUGAAGCAAAAAAGUGUUGAAGAAGAAACAGUAAUGAAAUUCAGAGAAAACUGUUCUCUCAUUGAUUUACAAUUGAGGAUAAUCGAAAAAUUUAUCAAGUAUUAUAAAUCAACACUUACCAGCUCACUUUUUGAUGUGAAAAAUGGAUUAAGUCCGACUCAAUCUAUGCUUGCAAGCGAGAUUGCGGUUUUAGGAGAUGUAACAAAUACAAUUGUGCCUAGUGUAAUUUCAAAAGAAUGCGCUGAUUAUCUUAAUAAAGAUAGAGUUGAAAUACUUGAGAAAAUGAAUGAGCUUAAUGCUUCAAUUGCAAACUGCAAUAGAGAAGCUGAAGAAAUGCUAGAUGCUAAAAUAUUGAAAGAUAAAUAA